GGGUGCGGCGGCGGAGCGGCGGCCUGCGGCGCUGACCCGGAGGAGGAGGCGGCGCUGCUGCAGGCGCGCGGCUGGCGGCGGGCCCGCCGCGGCGCGGAGGGCCCGUGCACCGACGACAGCUCCUGCGCCGAGGGCCUCGUCUGCGUCUCCAAGUCGGACAACACGUGGGCUCAGUGCAUCGACUGCGGGGCCGUGAACUUCCAGGAGGCCUGCGUCAACUGGGAGCAGACGCUCCUCUGGCCAGCGGAGACGGCCUGCGGCCUCGCCUGCGAGGGGUACCAGCUCUCCUACCCGAGGGAGUGCGUCACCAAGGAGCUCGCCACCGACUGGCCAACUGACCAGUGCCAGCAGGUUGCCGAUGGCGUAUUCAACUUCACUUGCCUUACUGGUGGGGAUGCCAGCACGCAGGACUGCGGCGCCAGGAUGUCGAGCCGCCCGGGUUAUGGCCCAGGAGAGUUCUCGGCCAGCAUCCAGGCAGCGCCAGGAGAGGGCGUGGCCACAACGUUCUACCUCAUCACCAAGGGCCUUGGGAAAGAUUUCGCUCGGAACGUGUCUUGGACGGAGGUGGACUUCGAAAUUCUGGGGAAGCAGGAUAAUGAUGGCUCGACCAGGGUGUGGUCGAACCUGUUCGUGGGCAUUGGCAUCAACGCCCCAGAGUGGAUCACGCUCCCUUUCUCUACCAGCGAGGGCUACCACGAGUAUGUUAUCGAUAUUGACUGCUGCUCCAUGGCACUGGUUGUGGACGGCCACACAUACCGUACUGAGGACAUCAGUUAUUUCCCAGACAUGCGCAGGGACUUGAACCAGUCAAUGCUGGAGGAGCACUUGUCCGUGUGGGGUCAGAACGGCAGCGAUGGGGGUUGGGCGGAAAUGGGCAUCCUGGAAAACAACCCGCACCAGGACGUCGUGUCAUCAUACAGAGACUUGAGCAAGGGAUAUUCUGCAACUGCAUCCUGCCCCGCGCGCGACGUGGGGCCCCUGGCGGCAACUAAAAAGACAUUCGACGGUUGGGAGGUGUUCUUCACCAACGCGUCGCAGGCCGCCUGUGAGCAAAGCAGGUCCUCUCCAGGCCCACCCAACACCACGCUGGCUGGCUUCAGGCUUGUUGGGAACGGGGGCUGCCGCACCGCGGACGGCGGGGCAGGCGACUUCGAGGUGGCCAUUAUCGAGCACUCCGAGCAGUGCCACAACAUGUGCCUGGCGAACUCGUGGUGCGUGGGCUACGAGAUCAGCAACACGGACUGCCAGCGCUGCGAGCUGCACCGGGAGCCCAUCGCGGAGGUGCGGGCGGACGCCGCCGGCGGGGUCUCCGCGGGCGGCGGCGGC